AUGAGCUUACAUCUUCAAGAGGAGUAUAGACAGCAGCUUGUAAAUGGAUGCGAGAAUGCUGUUUGUGGCGGAGUGUUUUGCAAUGCAAAGCUUGAGGAUGAGCUUGUGGAGAGAGUAUCUGAAACACUAUCUGAAUAUGGAGAAUUGUUUCUAUGUAAGAAUAUGGAUAGAGUAGCUGAUCGAUAUGUAGAGGAUGAUUUACUGAGAAAAAAGAGCAAGGUUCUGAUUUUUUUCUUUUUUGUGUGUUUGAAGGUUGUAGGAUCUAGGAAACAUGUUCAGUUUGGAAGUAAUAAUGCAGGGGAUAAUGAGUUGUUGCUGGGUGUUUGUAAAUGCUAUGGAAAAUGCAAGCAUGAAUCAAGUAAGAUUAAAUGCAAGCAUGAACCAAAUAGAAUGAUGUGCAAUGUGAUGGAAAGUGAUGAAGAAGCAGAUGAUUAUGGAGCUUCUGAAAAGGAGUGUUGUGAUGAAGGAGCGUGCAUGAACGAGUUUGGAUGCAUAAAAAUAGACGAGAUGAUUGAAGAGGAGCUUUGUAUACCUGAAGGAGCAGAUCAUUCGAUUUGUGAGCUGCUUUCGAAUAAAAAUGCAGCUUCUGCUGAGGAUAUUUACCUUAUUGGAGCUGUAUUUCAAUUGCUUGUUAGGAAGUAUGAAGAAGCGCCUCAGUUUACGCUCGGAAUGAUUAUUUUAAGAAUGUAUGGAAUGUUUAACAAGCAUUGGAAGCUUGGAAGCAUAAAUUACACGGUUUUAUGCAACAUUUUACAGAAUAUAAAAUGUGUGUAUGAAGAAAUGGCGAAGGGAACGAGUUUGUGCGAAGGAAUUGUGUGCAGUUAUACAAACAAACACGCCAAGACAAAGAAAACAAUGUGUGUGUAUCCUCCAAGGCUUACAAGAUCCGAUCUUGCAAUGCUGGUCAAUGAAGUGUCUCAUGGCUUGAACUCAUCGGUAAGCACAGAAUGCAGGGAAGACACAAGAAUUAAUGAGAUGCUAAGUGUGCUGCGUGUGUUGUACUGCAUAAAUGAGGAUUUUGAAGCCCUAAGUCAUAAGAGAUUUUAUCUCUACGAGUUCUGUGAAAGGAUGGAUUUUCGUGAGGAAUUCAAGCACCUGCGUGCGAAGUCCAAGAGUGCAUUGGAAUUUCCGUUUAUUCUUCCUGUGCACAUCAAAGCAGAACUUAUUAAGUGUGAGAGCAAUGAUAGAAUGAAGAGCUCACUGCAAGAUUCGUUCUUCAAAUCGCUUUUUGAAGGACACAUAGAUCCUUAUCUGUUUGUUACAGUUGAUAGGGAAACUGUAUAUAGAGACAGUAUUGAGAUUUUCAAGCAUUUAAAUCCUCAGGAUGCAAGGAAGCAGCUUAGGACAACGUUUAGAAACGAAGAAGGAGUAGACUCUGGAGGUAUACGCAAGGAAUACUUCCAGCUGUUGAGUCAUGAAAUCCGAGAAGACAAUAAGCUGUUUGAACAUGUUGAAAACAAGAUCUGGAUCAAGGCUGGAGCAAAAGAUAUGUGCGAGUAUGAGGCUGUUGGUAGGAUUAUUGCAAUAGCACUCUACAACAACAUUGUUCUGAGCAUUCCUUUUCCCAGGCUUUUUUUCAAGAAGCUACUUGAAAAGAAACCAACGAUUGAGGAUCUUGAGGAGAUAUCUCCAGAUGUUUCUAUGUCUCUAAAGAAGCUGAGAAUGCUCUCUAAGGAGGAAAUUGACUUUCUCGAUCUACGGUUUGUUUCGGAAUACUACGAAGAAGGCAAUGUUCUAAUACACGCUCUUGUUGAGAAUGGAGAAAACAUAAGAUUGACUGAGGAUAACAUAGGCUUAUUUAUAGAGAAAUACUCUGAAUUUUAUACAGAUGUUCUUGUAAGGCCGCAGUUUGAGGCACUGAAGAAAGGAUUUUACUCUGUCAUGGAGAAAUGUAAGCUUGUAUAUCUGAAUCCAAAGGAGCUUGAGAAGAUAAUGAUGGGAUCGAAUGGGUUUGACAUCAAAGAGAUCCGGUCAGCAACCACAUACUCUGGGUUUACUGAGGAGUCGCCGGUGAUUGUGCACUUCUGGGAGAUAUUUGAAGCAUUUGACAAGAAGAAGAGAAAAAAGCUUCUGCAGUUCAUCACAGGUAAUGAUAGAAUACCUGUCUCAGGGUCUGUAUCACUAAAACUUGUGAUUAUGAGAAACGGUUGCGAUACAGACAGGCUCCCAUCUUCUCAGACAUGUUUUAACACACUACUUCUUCCUGAAUAUUCAUCUAAAGACAAAUUAGAGAAUAAGUUGGAAACUGCACUUGAGCUAACAGCAGGAUUUUUCCUGCUUUGA